ACAAGUGCUUACUCGUGGAAGUCAUCACUUGUCCGGUGACCCCCAGAUCGGAGCAUCGCUAUAUGUUGCAUCACCUUGAGCGCAAUACGCUAGCACUAAAUAGCAGUGGGUGUUUCCCACCUAUUUAGCAUGUCACGGCUCACAUAAUUCUGAUAUUCUCGGAUUGUUUAUUAUCAUGUUAUUCAUUGUCCUUACUUCUCCCUGUGGACUUUCUACAUCGCGGUUCGAUUUAAAAUACCCUUGGGACCGAAACGCCCCUUCAGAUUCAUUCCACCUUCCCGCUCCUAAUGGCUUCAGCAAUGUCCUCUGUCAACACAAUGCAUCGCGCUCUCCUCAUCUCUGAAAUUCUAUCCAACAUCAUAAGUCAUAUCAGCGUCGACGAACGUCCUGGCGUCUGGCCAUUUGAAUAUGUCACAUCUUCUAAACCCACAUUAUUCGCACUUGCACUGACUUGUCGCGCAUUCUCGGAGCAAGCAUUGGAUGCUCUGUGGAACAACUUCAAAGGUGUCGAACCCCUCAUGCGAUGUCCUGGGAUUAUUCCAGCCCCGCAAAAAAGCCUGCAAGAGGACCAAUGCUCCCCCAUCAUCCCAACAGAGACUCAGCUUGCCAUUAUUGCUCGCCAUGGUCAUCGUGUCCGGUCUUUAAGAGUGGGUACGAAUUAUUGGCGGCGUGAUUAUAUCACACAAGCGUUUCUACGAACUAUGGCGGGCUCUUUCAAGGUUCUGGUGCCAAACCUACGAAGCUUGGAAAUUGGAUUUCCAUGCGGAUUGCUACAUCUGGUCCCCCCGCUGCUUGGCCCACGUCUACAGCAUUUUUUCAUCAACGUCCGCGAUUACGAAAAAAAUGGCCACCAUUUGCACACCGUCCUCCAAUGUUUGCCCUCAUAUUGUCCAUCGCUUGAAAGCCUGGUGGUUUUAAAAUCCUACCACCUAUUUCGCGAACGGGAACCGCCUUUCGUUCUACCAAUGUCGCAUGCUAUCCAAAAAAUGCCGAAGCUCCGGACAGUUACCGUGCCAGCCAUCACAAAGGAUGCGCUAGUUUAUCUGGGUGGAUUACCAUCUGUUACCAACAUCAGUUCGCAUCUGCCCGCUGGCAGUAUCCUCGAAGAUAUUCUUGGUUCAUCCCGCAACCCAAAACUCUUUGAGAACGUUGACAGCGUUGAUUGGGAGAUCAAAGAAUGGCGAGACGUUGAAGUCUUCACAUAUCUGUGGCCUCAUAAACUCACCUCAAUUGCACUUCGAUCUGAGGUAAAGUUUGAUCCAAGCCUACUCCAGGUACUUUGUGACUCGCUCCACGUGCGCGAGGCUUUCAAGAACCUGCAAUACAUACACUUAUCCGAACCCAUACCCUGCCGAUUGUCAUCCAGUAUAAUCAUCACCAUCGACACCAUACGGUCACUCUUCCACCUCAGCCAACUUCGGGUUGUGGACAUUGACACGAGAUCAUGUCUUAGCAUCGGUGCGAAUGAUCUGGUGGAAAUGGCAGAAGCAUGGCACUUCCUUGAGGUGUUACUCCUCAACAAGACGGAUGGGAGCAUGUCUAGCGCGGCACCUAUGCCACAGUGGAUUACAGUGCCCGAGGUUGUCGGUUUUGUCGAGCUGCGCCCCAGCUUGAAGCGACUUUGCAUUGGUAUCACGCUCAGUACCAUAGAUGAUGACUAUGACAUGGACAAGGCAAGCCUACACGCCCUCAGGCCACGUAACUCGGAUAGUAGAUUGAAAGAUCUCACACUGAAGUACCCUCGUGAUGAGGAAUACAUACGACAGGCUUAUUCCUCUGAUUUUGAGAUACUUUUCUCAAAACUUUUCCCUCGGGUGAACCAGCUCCACCCCUUUCAGGAAUUCCAAAUCCUCCAUUCUGACAGCAUAGAACCACAUAUUUAACGCACUUGAACUGAAGGAUCGAGCUUGCUAUCCCAGUUUCGAAACUGCUCUUGUUGUAUAUAUACGGUG